AUGACGAAUUUCCAUGAAUAUUAUUCAGAACUUCUCAAGAAAUUACCUCUUUCUAUAAAAAAAAAUAUAUGGAAUCGUCUUAUAUCUAGAUUACAUAAUUCUUUAUCAGAAAAACAGGCAAGUAGUAUUCAUCCUGAUAUUGAAGUAUUGCUAAUUAAUGAUACUACCUUUACUAAUAUCCAAGUUAAUGCUAGAAUCAAAGAAGCUACAGAUAAUUUACGUCAAGAAUUUAUUAAAUCUACUGAAGAAACUUUAAAAACUAUUAAGCAACAGAAAGAUAUAGAAUGCAAUCAAAUUAAGAUAGAUAUGGCUAAUUGGAGUACAAAAUUAUUCGAACUUUCAUUAAAAAAAUAUAUUCGAGAUGGUACUAUAUAUAAUUUUAUUCAUGCAUUAGAAGAAAAAGAUG